GCGACAGCUAGCUCCGCGGUCGCCGGGCGGACACAGCCAGGGCCCCGCCGAGGUGCCGCCGCCAGCAGGUCAAUUAUUAAAAAGUGCCUUUGUGAAGUCACUUUUACGAGAGAGGACUGCGACGCCUGAAUGUGUUUUCAAAAUAUUAUCUCUGCCAGCUAGACAUCGCCCUGACCUUAUAUGUCACAGAAGACACCUCAACUGUCUUGGUUUGCCAAUUGCUUGUUGUGAAACUGGCUUCCAUAUUAAAAAAGCUGAAGAAAGAAUUACUGCCAGGACGUGAAUAAGCUGACUGCAUUGCUUUUCCUGUGUAAUCAAUACCAGCAAGCAGCCUGCAAAGAAUUAAUAUUAUAUCAAGGAGUGCCAUUGCACUGAAGUAACUUUAUUUAAAACAGUUGUGUCAGCGAUCCAAUCAAGAGACUCAGAUAUUUUACAGCCAGAGAUGCUACUGAGCAUGAUUUUUUUGCAGCCAAAAGUCUACAAGUGGGACAUAUUGAUUGAUGAGUGACUGCUUGCUGAUAAAUUGUCUUUGCUCAUUCUGCUUUGUGUGUAUUGGGCUCCAUUAAGCAAUUUAUUACUUCAUUGCCGAUAGAAAAAAAGCACAGAGCUUCUCUCUCUCAACUAUAGUUUUUGGAAUUGUUGUAGAUUGGCUUGGCAUAAUUCACUUAAUAGUCAUUCACAAAACCUAAAUCAGUUUUCCAUCAUGGCUUUGAAUGUUGCUCCUGUAAGAGAUACAAAAUGGCUGACAUUAGAAGUGUGCCGACAAUUUCAGAGAGGAACUUGUUCACGCUCUGAUGAGGAAUGCAAAUUUGCACAUCCCCCCAAAAGUUGCCAGAUUGAAAAUGGAAGAGUUAUUGCCUGCUUUGAUUCCCUAAAGGGUCGUUGUACAAGAGAGAACUGCAAGUAUCUUCAUCCACCAACACAUUUAAAAACUCAACUAGAAAUUAAUGGCAGGAACAACUUAAUCCAACAGAAAACUGCAGCAGCAAUGCUUGCCCAGCAGAUGCAGUUCAUGUUUCCAGGAUCACCAAUUCAGCCAAUGCCCACAUUUCCAGUGGGUCCAACAAUAGGAACGAACACAGCUAUUAGCUUUGCUCCUUACUUAACACCUGUAACCCCUGGAGUUGGAUUAGUUCCUACUGAAAUACUACCCACACCGCCUGUCAUUGUUCCUGGAAGUCCCCCUGUCACAGUUCCUGGUUCGACUGCUACUCAGAAACUCUUGAGGACUGAUAAACUGGAGGUAUGCAGGGAAUUCCAGCGAGGAAACUGCGCGCGGGGAGAGACUGACUGCCGCUUUGCACAUCCUGCAGAUAGCACAAUGAUUGAUACAAAUGACAACACUGUAACCGUUUGUAUGGAUUACAUAAAGGGGCGUUGCAUGAGGGAGAAAUGCAAAUAUUUUCACCCUCCUGCACAUUUGCAGGCCAAAAUCAAAGCUGCUCAACAUCAAGCCAACCAGGCUGCAGUGGCAGCUCAAGCAGCUGCUGCAGCUGCUACAGUGAUGACUCAGUCGACUGCCAAAGCAAUGAAGCGGCCUCUCGAAGCAACUGUAGACCUGGCCUUUCCUCCUGGCGUUCUUCACCCUUUACCAAAGAGACAAGCACUUGAAAAAAGUAAUGGUGCCAGUGCCAUUUUUAAUCCCAGUGUCUUGCACUAUCAACAGGCUCUUGCCAAUGCACAGUUGCAACAACAUGCGGCAUUUAUCCCAACAGAUAAUCCUGAAAUAAUCAGCAGGAAUGGAAUGGAAUGUCAAGAGACCUCAUUGAGAAUGGCAAAACAUUGUUAUUGUACAUACUAUCCUGUCUCCUCCUCUCUAGAAUUGCCACAACCUGCAUGCUAAGUAAAGAUUUUGUUCUUAUGGACAGAUCAGAAAUUCUAAAAAGCUAGUGCUGCUGUAUUAUAUAUGAAUAUUACAUAUGGUAUGCUUAAUAUAUUCCAACCUAAAAUAGUUAACUACCUGAUACCAGCUGUGAUGUUUCAAGACAUAAAGGGUAACAUUUUACUUUUAAAGAUUUUAUAAACACAGUUUACUUCAUAGGAAUAUUUAUUAUCUCCAUAACUAUAGGUAAUGCAAAUGGCCCCAUUAAUUUAGUAUCAUAAGAUUCACAAUUUUAUGAAUCUUUCAAGUUUAGCAAUAAUUAAUUUACAUUGGCUAAAAUAUAUCCCAGUUGCAGGUUUGAUUUUUAACCCUAAUUAUUGUUAUUGUAACCGAGCAGAAAAACCAGAAGUCCUAUGUUUACUACCCUAGUCACCUGACUCCAAUACAAAGAAAGGAAGUGAAACAAAACCCAGUACCCUGCUCAUCACCCUGUAAAUCUAAAAUUUUAAAUAGUAAAUCCAACGUAAAGCACAAAUUCUUUAGAUACACAUAAGCUGAUAUUUGACUUGUAUAGAGAAGCUGCAUUGAAUCAUGGGACAGCAGAAAAAAAUUAAAACUUUGCACGGUAUGAACUUCAUACCCCCAAACAACAGAGUCUUGAAAAUAUUAUUUUACGAGUAUAUUUAUAACGUUUUUAAAAGAGACUUUGCAGAAGUGCCUAAAUUUUGCCACAUCAGACUUGAAGGAAGUGAGGCUGAUGCCAACAAUCUAAUCCACAAUAAGUGACUAAUCUUUUAAACUCUCAGUCAGGUUACCUAAAAGAACCAAGUUGCUGUUGAGGUAACUUCUAUCAAGAGCAACAACAACAAAAAGGCUGUAGGUGAGGAGAUUUGUAAGAUAUCCUAAUUUAACUAAAAUUGAGUUCAGUCACUGAAAACCUGAUAAGUGACUUUAAUCUAGAUUAUUAACUAAACAUUAAAAAUGUAGGGAGAGUUUCAGUUUAAUAAAUCAUUACAGUUCUUGCAUUUUUUAAAAUUGGAUUAAAGGGUUGUAACCGGAUUACAGCAUGGAGGGGGGGGGGAAACUAGUUAUUUUAACCUUUUUCUUUAAAAACAUAUUUUAUGUCACAGAAAUAUGAAGAUAUCUUUAAUACAACUAUAUACAUAUUAUAUAUAUACAUACAUACAUAUAUAUGGAUGAAACAGAUUUUAAUGUUUACUUUUUUAAAUACAUUGUUGAUUUACAAGGUAAUUACAUAUGUACAAUUAAAAUUUCAUUUAGGUUUGGUUUAAGAUUUGUUUCCAGCACUACUGUACCAAAUAUUUCAUAUUUUACAUUUUGUAUGUUGCACACGUCACAAAUACGUAGUUUUUAAAUUAUUGUUUAAAAAUGAAAACAGCUGUUAUAAGUGAAUAUUAUGUAUAAUUGUUGGCAACAUCAGUUUUCUAUGUGGACAUAGUUUGUGAUUGCAGUAUUUUAACCUUUUCAGAUUGAUUGUAAACUAUUUUAAACUUUGGCAGCACUGCCUUUUCUGAAAGGCACUAGAGGCACUAACGGUAUGAUUAGUUGUCUAGGAAAUUAUUUUCUGUUCUAAAUUUUGUUUGUCAAAUGUCUAAUUGCUAUCUAUUUAUAUUAAAGCUGUAGAUCUGAUCACCCGAAAGAGAGAAAAAAAAUCACAAUCUGAUUGUAAAAUUAACAUAGUGGUUGUAAUGUUGCAUUUGUUUUAUUAUGUGGAAAAAAAUGUAUCUUAACUCCUGUUACUUUAGCAGUUAAGGUAUCACCAUUAUGUACUAUUGAAACACUAAUAUUUGUAGACUUUCUCAGUCAUUAUAACUAGGUAGUUGACAUUGCAACUUGCCUAUAUCUGUCAAAGUUGUUUUUAUUUGUUUUUAAUAAUAGUUCAUUUAGACAUUUUGGUAGCUUAUUGUACAAGACUAAAUGGUAAAUUAUCCAGAUUGUUUAAAUAUUUUAUGUAGAGGACUGUUUAAAACAUUGUUUUGUGCAAACUUUUUAUGUUUCAUGAUAAUUAUUCUAUAGUUUUUUACAAUUACUUCAGUACUACUAUUUUUUGCCCAUUCGUGACAAAGCUUCAGAUACAUCAGGUCUUGCAUUCAGACAAACCUACAAAACAAAAGAGAAAAUGUAUUUUUAAUACGAGAUCCACUUUCCAACUUUAUAACUUUGUGAUAUUCCUAAAAACUGUACAAGAACAGAUCUGUGCUAACAUAAGGAGGCAAUUACACAGAUGUGCAAAUAGAUGUUCAACAGAUUCUGCAUUUUAUUUAUUAACAAAUAAUUUUUAGAACAAUUACAAAUUUGGGAAGAUCUAAAACUAUUUUUCUGUAUAAAUAUUAUUUGCCAAAACUUUUUAUAUAUUUUAAAAAGAAACUAUAAUGAUGAUGAGUAAACAUUAAAUGCUUUAUUUAAUUAAAAUAAAUAAACUCCCCAGAAAGAACCAUGAGAUGGGCCAACAUUGAGAUAGUAAAUACUAUAGCUGAGACGUGAUUUCAAGUUACUUGAGAUGUCUCAGUAUUUAUUUUCUAUAAAUGAAACAGCACUUCACCAAAAUACCUUAUCAUUUGCCUCUUUCAUACAAAAUGUAAUUGACUGCACUUAUACUGAAUAUUUCAAUAACAGUUAAAGAAAUCCCUUCUUUCAUGCCUUUCACUGUAACCAUUAGCAAUCUGUUAAAUAUCCAUUAUAUUUUUGUUGUAACAUUAAAUUCAUUCACCCAAUGUGCAACCGCUCAAAUAAAAAGAAGCAUUUUAAAAUGA